AUGUCCGAUUACGUACAACUCAGAACCAGUGGCAGUGAUGCUGAUCCACCAGCCACCACAAGUACCGAUACUUCAUCAACAAUAGCUUUGACUGAGGAGCAAAAGGCUGCUUGUCAGAGAGUCCACUCAUACUACCGCACGACUUCGGAUGAGAGGUGGGUGUAUGUAACGCUUGGUAGCUUAAUCUGUGAAGAUCCCAGAUUAAUUGAAACCGCCUUGGGUAAGAAAAACUUGGCUGAGCUUGGCAAUGAUCUUUAUUCCAAACAAGAGAAGUUCAUUGGCAAUCAAGCAACGUUUACUGAAAAUUCGAACACAUCCACAGUUAGGAAGACUGAUUUCUUUGAAGUUAGGACUCUGGUGGACAGCUUGGUCCAUGCUUACGUGGAGAGGGAAUGA